AUGCCACCUCAGAACCGAGCUAUUCCAGCCAAAAGUUCUGCUCGUCAGUGCAAGAAUACGUCCCAACAACAGCCGCCACAGAUACUUGCACCAUGGAGGUUUUGGGACUCGGUCGCCGUAAACAUUUCGAACGUACCUAACGAAGCGACCACAUUCGACCUCUGGCAGGCAUUUCAGAAAGAGGGUCAUGUCUUUUCCAUUGAUCUGUUCGAGGAUUUCCAUGGGAAACGGGAGCCUAAGGGGAGAAUACGCUUUAAGCCGCCGCCUGGCACAGACUUCUGGACGAAGGGGAAAUAUACCAUCAAACUCCCCAAUAAGAAGAUAUUCACUAUUACAGUUGCUCUCAGUACCAAACGUCCUGACCUCCGGAUCCCUAGUCCUACGAAUCCGGACGUUCAUUAUCCGGCUGAGGUGAAAAUACCAAUCUCGUCUAUGGAUAUUGGGGUUUUGUUUGACGAAGUAACCCUCCUGCCAAUGCGCACAAUUGGGUCUGGACGGAACGAACAGGCUUUUGUAGUCCUUGAUGUGAGGAAUAGGACGUUGAUUGUUCGUUUUCAGCUCCCCAUCUUCAGUGCCAGACACAAGUCGGUUUCAUCCGACACGUCGCUACAGGAAUAUCGUCUUAAAAUCCCCUUUGUUCAAUUAGCUGAGAUUUAUCAAACCUCAGACCCUGUUUCAGGGGUGAUAUCUCAUUUCACUGUACUCUCAUCACCUCCGGCUUACCAUCGACGUCUUUCAAACAUUGCCACUACUUUCGUAGAUGACAAUACUUGGAGAGACUCGGACACUUGGUUCCGACAGACAUGCAUUGUUCACAAUCCUCAAGAGCUGUCUUCUCUUCCUGUUAGCCUGAGGAAGAAAAACCCUGUUAUUGAUAUUGGUCGUUGGAAUGCUUUUAAGAUAAAAUACUCGGAGAACAUUGGCCGAGGAACCGAAUUCACCUUACUUCACAAUAUCCUUGAAGACUACAAUGUUAGGAUCGUCAACACAGAUCGGUUCACUCAAUGGGACGAGCAUAAAGAGCGGAUGCCGCCGGUCUGGAAAUGGAUCGACCUUUCAGAUACGCAGAUGCCUAAGGCUCCAGUCUCUUCUCUGGAAGAAUUGAUUGACCCGAAUUAUAUCCAUCUGCCAUUCCCUGUCCGUUACCAACUCGAGGUCUGUCUAUCAAAUGGAUACCUCUACGAGUACACAAUGGCCCGUGGAUUCGUUAUCAAGCUCUCUGAACUUGGGGAAGGACAAUCCAUAAAGCUCUUGGAGCAUGUGGCAGCUAAGAAACAGGUCUACUAUGAUCCAAUGAAAAUAUUCGAUCUUAAAUUCGUUAGGGGGGCAACAGACGUGAAAACUUCACCUUACUGUUGUUACAUGCGCUCAGCCAGGAUCACGCCGAGCACAAUCUACUUCAACACCCCCACGGUGGAAAUUUCAAACAGGAUAAUAAGGCACUAUAUCGAACACGCUGAUCGCUUCCUUCGAGUCCGUUUCACAGAUGAAAAGCUAUUUGGUCGCAUCAAUUCAACUGUUGACAACACCAUGGAUGAAGUUUUUACUAGAAUCAAGAGAGCGUUGGCUAAUGGAAUUGUCAUUGGUGACAGGCGUUACGAGUUCCUUGCAUUUGGAAACUCGCAGCUCCGGGAGCAUGGCGCCUAUUUCUUUGCGCCGCUACCUAACCUCACCGCUGCUAACAUCCGUGCAUGGAUGGGCCACUUCAAUGACAUACGGAAUGUGGCCAAGCACGCUGCAAGGUUGGGCCAAUGCUUUUCCACAACCCGUGCCAUUUCUGGCUGUCCUGUGCAUGUACGUCACAUCGAUGAUAUUAAGCGCAAUGGAUACACUUUUUCCGAUGGUGUCGGUAGGAUCUCCCGGUUUCUCGCUCAAAUGGCAAUGUCAGAGUUAAAAAUCAAGACGCCGACGGGCGACCCUCCGUCCGCGUUCCAAUUUCGGCUCGGAGGCUGCAAGGGCAUGCUCACUGUCUCCCAGGAAGCUCAACGUCAUGAGGUGCAUAUUCGGAAAAGUCAAUACAAAUUUCCAGCCAUCCAUUCUGGGUUAGAGAUUAUUCGAUGGAGCCAAUUCUCUAUAGCAGCCUUAAACAGGCAGUUGAUCAUAGUGCUAUCUACUCUUGGUAUCUCAGACGAAAUAUUCCUUGCCAAGCUUAAAACCAUGCUGCAAGGCCUAGAUGAAGCCCUGGAGAGUGACACAAGAGCCAUCUAUUGGCUAAAAAAAUAUGUGGAUCCUAAUCAAAUGACCAUUGUUGUCAGUCAGAUGAUCCAUGAUGGUUUCAGAAGGGCAAAAGAGCCGUUCAUAACAUCCAUCCUAUGUCUGUGGAGAGCCUGGCACCUUAAGUACCUGAAAGAGAAAGCCAAAAUUGCCAUUGACAAAGGCGCUUCCUUGUUGGGAUGCAUGGAUGAGACAGGUACUCUCAAUGGGUACUAUGCACACAAGAUUCCAGGAAAUGAUGCUACUCUCGAUGAACAUAUAGCGGCACUGCCUGAGAUCUUCCUUCAGACAUCUCGGCCCGAUAAUGGUGGAAGAUACGAGAUUAUCGAAGGCAUCUGUAUCUUGGCUCGUAAUCCAUCGCUUCACCCUGGAGAUAUCCGAGUCGUAAGAGCUGUUAACGCUCCACAGUUAGCCCAUCUCCAUGAUGUGGUUGUCUUGCCUCAGACGGGCGAUCGAGAUGUUGCAAGCAUGUGCUCUGGUGGAGACCUGGAUGGUGAUGACUACCUUGUGAUUUGGGAUCAAGAUUUGAUACCUGACGAUUGGUUUCGGGCUCCUAUGAAGUAUACAAGCAACAAGGCGCGGGAUCUAGAUCACGACGUGACAGUAGACGAAAUUACAUCCUUUUUCGUUACUUACAUGAAGAACGAUUGCCUCCCUAAGAUUGCCCACGCACACCUCGCUUGGGCAGAUCGUCUUCUAGACGGUGUGAAUGAGGAAAAGUGUAUUCGUCUUGCUCAACUCCAUUCAGAUGCAGUCGACUACAACAAAACAGGAAUCCCAGCGCAUAUGACUCGAAACUUGGAGCCUCAUUCAUGGCCUCAUUUUAUGGAAAAAAUUCAUAAGCCAAAGGAGAAAAUUUACCAUUCAAGGAAAAUCCUCGGUCAGCUGUAUGAUGCCGUUGAGCGUGUCGACUUCAUUCCCAGCCUCGAAAACCCUUUUGACCAGCGAAUCCUCGGGUGUCAGCUAGUAGUUCAUGAAGAACUUUACGAUUUUUCUAGGGAGCUAAAAUCCCAAUACGACAGCGCAAUGCGACGGAUCAUGGCACAGCAUGAGAUCAAGACGGAAUUUGAAGUCUGGUCUACUUUCGUUCUCAGCCACUCCAAUAUGAGCAAGGACUAUAAAUUCCACGAAGAAAUUGGAAGCAUCUCAUCUUCUCUCAGCGAAUCGUUUAGAAAACAAUGUUACAAUAAAGUCGGUGGUCGCAAUUUUGAACAACUUGCUCCAUUAGCAGUUGCCAUGUACCGUAUCACGCAUGAGGAAAUGACGACUGCCCUUGAAAAAUAUCGAAACGAGAAUAUGAAUGGGGACAAGAUGUUCGUCAACUCUGUUUCCAAGAUGGAAAAAUUGCCUCUUAUUAGUUUUCCGUGGGUGUUAUCUCAUGUUCUAGGGAAAAUUGCAAUGGGGUAUUAUGAGCUGUCGGAGCAUACAAGUACAGUGCACGAAUUGUAUCAAAACUCCCACAACUCAUCUUUAAAUCGACACCCUUCACAGACGGAAAACCAGCCCAGCAUAGGCCACUCGAACCGAGAAGAUCCCUUUGGUAUGUUUUCCGACGAUAUUAGUGGAAGUGCACCUCCUCAAUCGGAGUUAAUUUCGGGGGCGAACAGUAAUACUGUCGAAUCCCUAGAACAACUUGUUGAUUUCGGCCUCUCAGAAGCGCAGAUGCCAUCGUCAUCAUCUCUCUCAUCACCUCCUAUCGAAGGCAACAUUAAUUUGCUCGAUUUCAAUACCGACCCAGUAGAUAGUGGCCGCGCUGGAUCAGAGGCCGCCCCGAAGAUAGAAACGACAUUCAACUCAGUCAUAGAAGCUGGAAGUGACUGCGAUGAAAUCGUCGAAGAAGACGAUCAUGAGCCCACUGCACUCGACAAGCUUAAUAUGAUACUCAAUGCUUGA